AACACAAUCAUAUCGGGGGCAUUAUAAAACAACUAGCAGAUUUGAGCUAGUCUUCGUUCUCUCCCAUCACUCAAGAACCUCCGAGGCCACCUUACCACACCGGCUCUACAUCUACAACAAACAAUCGCCCUCCAUCUCCAAACCCAACAAAAGAGCAUAAACAACUAGCGGAAGGAAAGAAGAAAACAAUCAAAAUGGCCAGCAGCGUCGACAUUUUCCACCAGUGGCCCCUCCACCUCGACCCGCAAUCCAAAGCGCUCUCCCUCCCCCCAUCAUCCAGCACCUCCCGCUCCCAAACCGAAGCCGUCAACGAAGAGCUCCAAAACCUCAACCAGCUCCACCGAUCCCUCCUGGCUCUCGAAACGGGCACCGUUCCCCCUCCCCCUCUCCCCGUGAACCCCAAGCGCAGCGCGCAGAUCUCCAAGCUGCGCGAGUCCGCCAACACCGCCUACCGCAAGGACAACUUCGACGAGGCCGCCCGCCUGUACACCUUCGCCAUCGACAUGGCAAUGGGCCGGCCCGGGUGGGAGCCUGUCACGCUCGCCCGCGAGGAGCUCGCUGGCCUGUAUGCCAAUCGCGCGCAGGCUUACAUGGGUAUGCAGGCUUGGCCUGAGGGCAUGCUGGACUCGAAGUGCAGCGUGGAGAGCAAGCCGAUCGGGAAUGUGAAGGCCUGGUGGCGAGGGGGGAAGUGUCUUGCUGAGAUGGGGCGGUGGGAGGAGGCUAGGGUGUUGAUUGAGAAGGGGCUGGAGGUUGAGGGGAGGAGUGGCGAUGGGGGGAAGGAGUUGAGUGGUUUGAUGCAGGAGAUUGAGGAGGGGUUGAAGCGGUCUAAUUAGAUCUCUUUUCUCGUCGGUUCUUUUCCUCUGGAUGCUUGUGUUGAUGAUGUAUAUGGGUGAUGGUAAAUCUGCCACCUGUGUCUGUCCGUUUUUGUGUUUGUUUGCGACGCCUGUUUCCUUGACCUUUUCUUAAGACCCCCGUCGGCGACACCAUGUUCUGCAUUGCUUUUUGACCAUUUUCUUCUUAUUCUGCAGUUAGAUAUCUGCCCGUCUCUGGGUCCCUCUUUGGCGUUUUGGACUGGAAUAAAUUCAUGGUUUACCCCUACUCAUUUCAAGGUAGCUAUCAAGUAUGGUUUUGCCAUCCAGCUCCAAGGCAAA